AAAAAUGGAAAGAACAAAAGGAAAAAAUAUAUAUUAGAAUCAUAAAAGUGUAUAUUAUAAAGAGAAAAUGGUUUCUUCAGUAGUUCGCAAUUCCAUUACCUAUUUUUAUUAGACUAUAGUACAUUGCGAAGAAAAGAGUCGUCUCAAAGGAAUUAUUUCUAUCUCGUUCAGUGUCGGGUAAAAAAUACAAAUGAAAAAAUUUAUGUGAAGGAAUUUACAAAGUCUGAGCUCAAAGUCAAAGCUUUGAACAGAUACAUUCCUUAUAUAUAUAUUUAUAUACGUAGAUAUAUAUAGAGAACAUUUCAAGAAUUUAUUUUUAAAUAAAGAAUAGCUGAUACAUUAGAAAAUGAGUUAGUAAGUAAUCAUGAAAAUUUAUUUUACGAGUCUUGAGAAAGUUUCAAGAGAGUACAUUCGUAUUAAUAUUUCCAACAAAUAAAAUCUAAAUAAUUUUCUAAUGUAAAAAAAUCUCCACAUUUUUUUACAUUUCGAAUCGAAUUAGCAGACUGGCUAGAAUUAACAAACAGAAAAUAUCGAAAGUAUUAUAUUCGUUGCAUUGUAAUAGUUAAGUUCUUACAUUAUAGAUAACAUGUAUAUUAAAUAUUGCGUCUGGAAAUAUGCAAUGCUUCAAACUCCAUCGAUAACACCUUAUGUAUGACAACACCGUUAUAUAUAUACGUAAUACCAUAUUGCCUAUUAUAAGGGUAUAUAAUUAUUGAUGAUUAUUGACAACAUACGUAAGCAUCAUUAUCAAUGAAAUAUAGAGUGUUGCUUGUCUUCAGGUAUACGAAUAAUAAAUACUUAUUAAUAAAAAAUAAUCAAUGAUUAAAAAAAACAUAGCAAACAAAUACUUAACAAAAAAUUUGAUUGAAUAACUGCUACGACACAAAUUCGAUAGAAGUUUUAAAAUAAUAUACAAUUUUAUCAACAUUCAUCACUUUAGCUUUAUUUUUAUAAAAAUAAGAAAUCCAAAUUGGAUUUAAAAAAAAAUUAAUUUGGUUAUAAUUGUAAUGUGGUUUUACAAUGGAAACAUGCGCACAAGAAUCAUCAUAGCAGCUUUGCAUGCGGCUAACUUUAUUACGAUUCUCAACUGACUGUAUUUUAUUGUAGUGAGACCACCGUGGGUGGUGGUAAGCGGGUAUUAAAUGUGUGUUCAGGUUUUCUAUUAGUAUAUCGAUGGUGUAUCAAUAAUAAAUUAACGUUAUACGAAGAAUGCAUAAUUGAUGCUCAAACAGUGUAUCAAUACAGCAGCCACUAAUAUAAAGUUUGUAACUAAAUCAAUUGGAUUUGCAUGAUUCACGGCCAAAGAGCCGUGAAUUGCUGGUGGAUGGACUCAAACGCGUUUACCGGCUAUGUCAACUACGUGUAGAAUAUUUUUUAAUAUAAUGAGCGCAUGGAAAUUGCUGCAACGACGAUGUUACGAUAUUCUUUCGUACAAAUAUUCGCUCCUCGUAAUACUAGUAGCAUUUACGUGCAUAUUCAUCGGUAUUAUACAUUUUGGAGAGGUUUGGUUGGCAUGGAGUAAAGAGAAAUAUGAAGCUGUUUUUCAUUCCUUCAAUGAUAAUAUAUUAGGAAAAUCUUUUCAAAAAAAAUUAUGUCAACAUGUACCUAUAGAUGUAGUAUAUACAUGGGUAAAUGGAUCCGAUCCUAAUUUUAUAAAAAGUCUUGAAAAGCAUAUUCCUAUUAUUGAUAGUAAUACAAUUUCUUCGAGAUUCAGCGACAAAGAUGAAUUGCGAUAUUCUUUAAGAUCAUUAGAAAUGUAUGCACCUUGGGUCAGACACGUUUACAUUGUCACCAAUGGGCAAAUUCCAAGUUGGUUAGAUAUGGAUAAUCCUAGGAUGACUCUUAUUACUCACGAAGAUAUAUUUCUGGACAAAAAUCAUUUACCAACUUUUUCUAGUCCUGCUAUUGAAAGUCAUAUUCAUAGAAUUCCUGGUAUUUCUGAUAAAUUUUUAUAUUUUAAUGAUGAUGUAAUGCUUGGCGCAGAAGUAUGGCCAGAAGAUUUUAUAACUCAAGCGGGUGGUCAAAAAGUAUAUCUAGCCUGGUGGGUUCCUGAUUGUUCCGAUAUCUGCCCAUGGGCAUGGGUAGGCGAUGGAUCAUGCGAUCCUGCGUGCAAUACAACUCUAUGCGAAUUUGAUGGUGGAGAUUGCAAUUCUACUUUAUUAUCCACCGAUAGUGAACCAUUUGAGGAAGAAAGUGAUUAUCCAUAUAAAUAUUUACAGAUUCUAGGUGAAAAAAAUAAAUCUACUACUAUAUCAUUCAAUAAUUCUGAAAAAAUAAAUAAUAGUACUACAGUUGCAUGGAUGCAUACUGUAGCAAUGACUCAUGGAACAUUAAAUUUAAAAAAUCAAAGUUCUUUUAUAAGUAAUCUUACAAAAUUUUCUGAUAUCAAGGAAUAUAAUGAUAAUAGUAAAACAAUAAAACUCAAUGACAGUAAUGAUAUGCCUGAAAGUAUAUUUGGAGAUUCUAAUCAUACAAAACUACAUAUACAAUUCAAACGCUACCUCAAUGAUGAUAUCAUUAAUCUAGUACAAGGAAAUAACAGUAUAAAGUCAAAUAAGUUGAAGUAUAGUGAUCAAUGGAAACAUAAAAAUAGACAGCUUGAUACAUAUGCAGAAUCCUUGCUGUAUGUUAAUAAAAUAUAUAAUAUAAUUUAUGGGUUUGAUAGAAGAAAAGUUCCAGCACAUAUGCCUCACUUAAUAGACAAAUGGAUUGUGAAUAGUAUGCAAAGAAAGUUUGAGUCUGAUUUUAUAAAAACUUCUAGUCAUAAAAUUAGAAAUGCAGAAGAUAUGCAAUUUGCAUUCUCAUAUUUCUACUUUUUAAUGAGUGAGAAUCUUUAUAUACCAGUUGGAGAUAUAUUUGAUAAGUUUGAUACUGAUAAAUCAGGGACUUGGUCAGAUAGAGAAAUACGAACACUUUUAUCUAGAUUAUAUCCUUUACCACUAGAUUAUAAUUUGGUUGUAGAAUUUGAAAAUUCUAUCGUGAAUUGCUCUAAAUAUCUGAAACUAACAGAAGAUGUAAAGGUACCACCUGGUGAAAGAUACUUAGAUUCUAUGCUCCCUGUAGUAUCUAAAGAGUUAAUAUCAAAUUGUGACUGGGUCGCAUCAAAAAUUAAGAGAAGAUUUGGCAAAUCUAAACGUUACAAACACGAAGUUAUAAAAGCUGGAAAAAACGAGAUAUUUGAAAUGUUAACAAGUAAUGUAUCCCUCACUGUACAGCUUUUGGAUGAAAUUAGACGCGAUCCAAAAAAAUUUAUAUGUUUAAACGAUGAUAUGGAUCCGUUACGUCAUUCCGAAAAUGAAAUUGUUCGAGCAUUAUUAAAUGAUUUUUAUCGUUCCUUAUAUCCUUUAAAAAGUACAUUUGAACUACCUCCACAAUUUCGUAAUCGGUUUUCUUAUCGUGAAGAACUUAUUGAAUGGAGAGCAAAUCGAACAAGAACAAGAAAUUUAUUAUUGAUACUCAUAGUUUUGUUAUUGAUCAUUACGCUGUAUCAUUUAUCAUAUUAUCAUAUCCGAAGAAUUUUUAGAAUUCGCACGCUACCCACUCUUCUUAUAUAAUGACUAUAAUUUUUCGAUGAAAUCAUUUAUAUACAUAAGUUUAAUAAUGGGUUAAGAAAGAAGAGUCGGUUAAAUACAAUCCGACGUAUUUAUAAAAAGUCUAAUCCCUCAGUCAUAAGAAUUAAUCAUAUUUUAUCUCAGGAACAUAUUAAUUAUACAUGUCCAUGUGCAAUUUUUUAUUUUUAAGAGAUUUACAUAUUAAUAAGAGGGAGAGAGAGAAAGAGAGAGAGAGAGAGAGAGAGAGGGAGAGAAAGAAUUAGUUCAGUAAAUGAAUUUAUCUUUCAAUCAUAGAUAGAAUCAUUCUCAUAUAGACAUUUUUCAUUAUUAAAUGUAUACAAUUAGUAGUUGGUUAUAUAUGCACAUAUUUACAACGAAUUUAUAAGAAAAAACCACACAUUGUUAUUAGAUAAAAUUAUUAUGAUAUAUUGUUGGAAAUAUGUGAUACACACGACUUUAAGAGAUUUUUUUCUAAAAAUAAAUAACAGCAUCUUAACUGUGAUAUAUAUACAUAUAUAUAUAUGAUAAAUAUUAAUAAUUAUCUUUUUACGAAAUAUAGAUACAGAUAUAUAUAUAUAUAUGUAUAUGAUAUUGUUGAUCUUGUGUAAAUAACAAAUUUUCAUAGAUAAAAGAAAAGAGGGAUAGUUAUGCAAAAAUGUUUAUAGCUUUUCUCUGUAUAUAGUGUAAUUAAAUAUUUAACUAUAUUUCGCUUAUACAGAAAAUAUUUAUCAACAUAUCUAAUAACUUGCAAUGCAUUAUUGAAAAUGUGUCAAUGUGAUUACAUAUGUUUAUAAAUUGUAAAUGAACGCAACAUAGAUAAACUAUAUAAUAGUUUAAUUUUUAUAUAUUACGUAUGCAAAAGAGCAUAUUACCUAUUAUACUAACGUAUUUUUUUAGCUUGUUAUAGUUUUCAAGCGCAAUAUUACUAUUUUACAGAAGUAACUAAAGACUUAAAAACAAGCCAAAUUUUCAUUUGUACAAAUAGAUUUUUUUUUUUACUCUAGUGAGAUAUAAUUGUGUGGUAUAUUUCCCUGGUGAUCGAUUAUUGGUAUGAUCAAAGUAAAUGGCUUAUGACUUAAUAAAUAAAUCUCAAACGUGUACAUUAAGAAAUAAAAAUGGCAUAUCUAUAUUUCUCUUUAUAUAUAUAUAUAUGUUUUAAAUAAAUUAAGAAAUACUAGUCAUUUAUAUCUAGAUAACAUGUUGUGUGUAUUCAGGUACAUGAUGUUGCAAAGAAAAUUUUUUAUAAAACUUAAUCAAUUCAUUGUACAUGAGAGACAUCGUUAAUAAAAUAUAUUUACUAUUAAUAAGCCCUGAAUAUAUAUGUAUAUAUGUGUGUAUAUGUGUGUGUGUGUGUAUAUAUUGUAUAUAUAUAUGUGUGUAUAUAUAUAUAUAUAUAUAUAUAUAUAUGUACAAACGUAUGUCAAUAACAAAUUUUGUAUACUUAAAAAAGGAAAAAACGAGAAAAACAUUCUAACGAAGACAAUACUGGUGAUAUUAACAAGAAAUAAUCUCGAUAUAUAUCAUUGUGAAAUUAUAAAAAAAAUUAUGCGAUUUACUAUCUUACAUAUAAUAUACAUAUAUGCAUAUGCAUAUGCAUAUACAUACACAUAAUAUAUAUAUGUGUGUCUGUGUAUAAUAUUUGUUAUAUGAUAACUGCAUCAACAUAUACAUGCCAAAUAAACCAUAUAUCAAUCUUUAUAUAUAUGUAUUACAACAGUUUUAAAAUAAAUUUGAUUUUCU